CACAAUCUUUUUAUCUAAUUAUCUAAAAGCCUACUCUACUAUGGUCUAUGAUGUCUGGUUUUUUACACAAAAAGGGAGAAAGCAUCACUGAUCAACCAAAGCUCCCAACACAUCCCUUACCUUCUCAGCUGGAUCUCACUGUAAUAACAUUCAUCUCUUUAGCACGUUUCGCUCUUCUAUUAGUUUGCAGUAGUAGUUUUUCCUGGAGAUACGAGUUGUUUAAGACGAUACAAGGGAAUCAAAGUUUUGAGACGGCAACUUUGGAUACUUUCUUAAUCUAAAGACUCUGGAGGAUUUAUAAUGUGGUAAGACUGUCAUGCUGAAUGUUGCUGCCGACCGUUGGAGUAGGGAUGAAUUCUGCCAUGGAUGAUAUGAACUUGAUUCAGCAGGCGCAGAGGCAUCAUUUGGUGGUAAGGGAAAUUGGGGAGGAGAUUGAUCUGGAAAUCAGUCAUGGGGAUGAUGACCCUUCAUUCGCUAACACACCUCUCAUCACUGGUCCCCCACGUGAACCUUCUGCUGAGGAGCAUGAUGAAGCUAAGAAUAUGAUGGUUUCACUUCCCAAUGAAGAUCAAGAUAUAUCAAAGGCACAGCCAGUAAAAAGGAAGAAGAAGGUUGUAAAGCGAUGGAGAGAGGAAUGGGCUGAUACUUACAAGUGGGCAUAUGUGGAUGUGAAGGAUGGAACUGCAAGAAUAUUCUGCUCUGUUUGUAGAGAAUAUGGUAGGAAGCAUAGAAGGAACCCAUAUGGGAAUGAAGGGAGUAGGAAUAUGCAGAUGAGUGCAUUGGAAGAACAUAAUAAUAGUCUGCUUCACAAGGAAGCUCUUCGUCUUCAAAUAGCCUCCAAGGACAAGAUCAUUGUGGAUAAACCCAUUUAUGUAAAAGCUCUCAUGUCAAAAACGGCUGGAUCAAUUGUUGAAGCUGCACUUAAAAGGGAUCCCCAUGAGGCUGAGUUUAUACAAUCAGUGCAAGAAGCAGUCCAUGGUUUGGAAAGAGUAAUUGCAAAGAAUACUCAUUAUGUCAACAUUAUGGAGCGCUUGUUAGAACCUGAACGUAUGCUUCUUUUUCGAGUUCCUUGGGUGGAUGACAGGGGUGAGACACAUGUCAAUCGAGGGUUUCGAGUACACUUUAACCAGGCAUUAGGUCCAUGUAGGGGUGGCAUUCGUUUUCAUCCUUCAAUGAAUUUAAGUAUUGCUAAGUUUCUUGGCUUUGAACAGACAUUAAAGAAUGCACUAUCACCAUACAAAUUGGGAGGAGCUGCAGGAGGAAGUGAUUUUGAUCCAAAGGGAAAAACUGAUAAUGAGAUUAUGCGCUUUUGUCAAAGUUUCAUGAAUGAGAUCUAUAGAUAUCUGGGUCCGGACAAGGACCUUCCUUCAGAGGAGAUGGGUGUUGGUACUCGAGAAAUGGGAUACCUCUUUGGGCAGUAUAGACGUCUAGCUGGUCAUUUUCAGGGAAGUUUUACAGGGCCAAGGAUAUUUUGGUCUGGCUCUAGCCUUCGAACUGAAGCUACUGGCUAUGGACUGGUUUUCUUUGCUCAACUUAUGCUUGCUGACAUGAAUAAAGAACUCAAAGGACUAAGAUGUGUUGUUAGCGGUUCUGGAAAGAUUGCAAUGCAUGUUCUGGAGAAGCUUAUUGCUUAUGGUGCUCUCCCAGUCACUGUAUCAGAUUCUAAGGGAUACUUGGUGGAUGAAGAAGGAUUCGAUUACAUGAAAAUAUCAUUUCUUCGAGAUAUCAAGGCCCAGCAGAGAAGCUUGAGAGAUUACUCCAAGACCUAUGCUCGAUCUAAGUACUAUGAUGAAGCAAAACCAUGGAAUGAAAGGUGUGAUGUUGCAUUUCCUUGUGCUUCCCAAAAUGAAAUCGACCAAUCUGAUGCCAUUAGUCUGGUUAAUUCAGGUUGUCGAAUAUUAGUAGAAGGUUCAAAUAUGCCCUGUACACCUGAAGCGGUUGAAGUCCUGAGAAAAGCAAAUGUUCUUAUUGCUCCUGCAAUGGCAGCUGGUGCUGGAGGGGUUGUUGCUGGGGAGCUUGAAUUAAACCAUGAAUGCAACUUGAUGCACUGGUCCCCUGAAGACUUUGAAUCUAAAUUGCAGGAAGCGAUGAAACAGAUAUACCAAAGAGCCCUCAAGGCAGCAAGUGAUUUUGGUUACCAGAAGGAGAGUCCCGAAUGUGUGUCUGGCAGGCUGCAGUCAUCUUUGACUCCUCUUUUGCAUGUCAGAAUAGACUGUAAUUGACGAUUAAUGCGAUCCCAACAUAAAAUGUGCUCUUAGUUCAGAUAUUGAAUAAUCGUUUUUCAAAUGUUUUACCCACAUAUUGCAACACAAUAUCACGGACAAUCUGCAAUUUGAGAGUACAUCUACUGGGGUGAAUAAUGGGCUGGUCUGGAGAAAAUUGUGAAGACCAAAACCCAAAAAUGCUUUUGUGCUUGCGUUUUCUUCUUUUGGUCUAGAAAAUUUAACCAAAUGUUGUGUUUCCUGGAACAAAAUUAGGCUCAUGGUGAGUAUUAGGCAUUUAUCCUGUUGAUCAACUUUGCAGGCCUGCUGCAAGAAAUGUGAUGGCCGAUUUUUUAUUGUCAUUAUUCUUAUUGGUCUUGGUUGAGGUUUGAUGGUUGAGCUAUAUAUUGGGUUAGCUCACUAUCCUCUCCCAAAGAUUUCUUGCGAGGACGGGGACAAGUUAGUUUAUUCAAUCUACAUUAGUCGACAACGAUUUGAUAUGAUGAAUGACACCGAUACCUAUAGAUCUGCAAAAGUUGAUUUUGUUCUGUUAUUGUAUCCAAGAGAUAAAAUUCUUCUUAUUCU